AUUCAAAAUGGCAUCGCAGUUGGUUAGAGCCUUUGUCAUCGGGGUUAUCGUUUCUGUUGCCCUCGGUUGCUGGCCAGUUCCAAAAGUAGACCAGGAAGAGUUUUGCUCUGCAAAAUAUGCAUUUAAAGCCACAGUAACGUCAGUAGAACAAGUUGAUAAAUACUCUGAUUAUACAUACACAAUCGACAUCCUAGAGGAUUACAAGAACACAAAUAAAGCGGUGGGCAAUGUUGACACAAUUAUUGGAGAUGGACCAAUGAAUUCCUGUGGAGCACAAAAGCUAAAUAUCGGAGAGGCAUACUUAAUUUACGCUUAUGUCCGCCGCUACAAUGGAAAGCUCUAUAUUGCCAAGUACACAAGCAUGGACUACGUUAAACCUAGUGAUAUUGAGAGAAUUAGAACAAAAUAUGACUGUGAUUGCAAGAUAAAAUGGUAUUAUAGCAACAUUUUGUCGAGGGCUUCACUUGGACUCCCCCCGCCUACUCGAGACGAGUGUAAUGUCCCCGGGAAAUACUGCAGAAAUAGCGCCUACUGUCGGAAAGAUGAGACGGGAGUUUGCACGUGGGGUAACCUGGGAGAAUGUUACUAAAUGAAGACGAUGUGUUAAUUUGUAAUCAUGAUG